AUGGCGAAUAAUCUGAGCUUCGCUCGUGGCGGCGCUAGCUCAUGGGCCGACGAUGACGACAUCGACAUCCAGCCACUACCUGUGGUCCCUAAAACUGCUCGGAUGGAGUUGCCUCAGCCCAUUGAAGAGGAAGAAAACCAGCACCAAGAGCAAAAUCUCAAUGUACCGCAACAAGGCCACGAACACCAUCACGAUGACCGCCACAACGGCUAUGAAGACCAACGAGGAGGCCACGAUGAACGUCGACGUGAGCCGCGUGAAGAGCGAUCCAAAAACGCAAUACCAGAGACUGGGCCGUGGAAGCUAUUUGUGGGCAAUUUAUCGUUCCGACUUUCGGAAGACGAUUUGGCAGAUUUUAUUGGUCCAGAUGGCAUCAAGGACAUUCGUUUCCCACGUGAUCACGACAAUCGUCUGAAAGGCUUUGCUUACGUGGAGUUUUAUGAAAAGGAAUAUCUUGUGCGGGCGCUCGACCUCGAUGACCUCAAGCUUGAUGGUCGCCAUGUUAAAAUGGAUGUGGCGCUGGACCGUGAACGCAAGCCGCGUGAGAAUAGUCGGCAUAAUAAGCGAAAUGAGCGGUUAAACCAUCGCCGGGAGAGAAACGAACCGCCUCCGGAUCGUCAGCGGCUAACGCUGCUGCCGCGAUCCACUUCGUCGGAGGAAAAAGGGGUAGAUGCUUACAAGCCUAGUAUUUUUGGCGAGGCUAAGCCUCGCGAUGAGACCGCUUACCUAGAGCGCAAGCAGGCUCUUGAUCGUGAACGGAAGGAAAAAGCGAAGGAAGCAAAAGAAGCCAAAGCGAAAGCCGAAGAAGAAAAUAAGAUAAAAAGUGAGGCAGUUAAUCAUAAAAACGGCCAUCAUGAUGGCGACAUUGGACGAGGACGUGGCAAUCGUCGCUCUUCUGACGGUGGUCGUGGUGAUCGACGCUCCUCCGACUGUGGGCGCGGACGUGGUCCUGGAAAGGAGAAUACGUCAGCAAGAAAGGUUGAGCCCCGUUCAAAGCGUACGAAACCUCCGACGAAGGUUUUUACUCCAGUAGUAGCAAAGAUGACCAAUGUGUUCGAACUUCUAAACGAUUCGGAUUCGGAUUAG